AUGCUUACCGAGCCAAAUAUCGAUCGAAGUUUCGUCGAAGAUUAAAUUAAAUUGCUCUAAAGAGAUAUUAAUUGCAUAAUUGAUUAGGAUAGAAACUUGAGGAAAUAAGGAUUAACAAAACUCUAAGAUUUCUUCAAAGUCAAGUCUAAUGCUCACGAGCGUAUUUAUAUUUUUGAUGCUUAUGCACUUAAAAACCUGUUAAGAGCAUUCGAAGACUAAGUAGAGAGAAAUAGAGAAACUGCCAUAAAUAUAGUGUUAAAUUAUCUUGAUCUUCAUGACUAGAAUUUUAAUACUGAGACUCUCAGAUUAAUUGUUGAUACAAUUAUUAAUCGACUCAAUCAAUUACCAUUUACAGAAACAAGUGAAGAAAUACGAUUAGCAUUAAUUAAAUUGUUACAUAAAAUAUAAGUGAAACAUAUUGAUGCUUAUACAAAUAAUUUAUAAAGACUAGCACAUAUGAUCGGAAAGGCCCUUCAAGACAAUUUCCCAGAAGUCAAAAAAGAUGCAGCCUUAUUUGCAGCUGAGAUUUCAAAAAAGUUACCCAUUGGAGAGUAUAUGGGAGAAGCAGUCAAAUCUCUAAGUUAAAAUAUGCAGCAUGCUCAUACAAAAAUAAGAAAGGCAACGGUUGAUAGUAUCGCUCCAAUUCUCUUAAGCAGAACUAAUGGAACAUUCUUAGAGGUUGUUUUAACUAAUUUAAGAAAUCUUUCUUUAGAUAAGUCCUCUGAUGUAAGAAAAGGGACUCUGAUUGCAGUGGCUGAAUUACUAAUGCACUUUUCUAUUCAAAACUUGAAUAGUUUUGAAAACAAUUUGAUUCUGAUUUUAAUGAACAGUUUAAGUGAUGAUAGUAAAGAAAUAUAAACUUUGGCAAUGUAACUCUUAGAUGAGAUUGGGUUGAAAAGGCAAAGAUUGGAUGAAGAAGCCAAUUUAUGAUAUAAAUUUAAAGUAUGAAUACUAAU